AUGGAGGUACUCGACACCAGUCAAAAGUUGGAGCAUGAGACAUUUAACUUCACUUUGACUAAAUGGCUGCUUCAUGGUCUCCAUCAAUGCCUUAAGAUCGUGUUCCAUGUACUCCAUGACCAUAAAGAUGCUGUCAAGAUUGCUCCCCACAACUACUUCUUUGACAUCCACAAUGGAGGGCGCAACAAUUUCUCCAGUCCUCUUAUCCUUGGCCCUAUAUACAACCCCAUACGUUCCUUCAUCUAUCUUGUUGAGUCUCUCAAACUCAUCGACACUCCUGCAACCUUGAAGCAUAUUAACACUCCUUUGUUGGGGUUGUGGGGAAUCCGAGGUACCACGAGAACCACGAUCAUCAUCGGAAUCUGUCUCAGAAAGGCUAGCUUUAUCAUUGGCAUGAUUACGGUCCUCAUCUAUUUCCAUAUAUUCGUUAUUGUCAUCUUCUUCACGAUAACUAUCUCUACUGGAGGACCUAACACGUCCAUCCGACCUACUGGACCUCUCUUCAGUCCCCACGGGGCUUUCUCUUUUGACCUCUCCAACUUGAGGACUUACUGA